CGUCAAGAUCGCAGCUUCGCGAAGGAGGGACGCGGAGGUGGCGUAUUACGUUCGCGAACGACGGCGAUGGCUAUCAGUCGGCCGUGAGUCGUGAAGGGAGCACGAGUUUGCGGGAGCCGCGAUCGAUUUCGGAGCGCGUCCGUGUCUUUCGCCCGUGUCUGGCCGGAACGAGCCGUGUCCCCGCGAGCGAUGCGGGUGGACGAGAAGAGUGAUCGAUCAUCGCGCUGAGGGACGAUUAGCGUGGAUCCACGUGACAACCCAAGUGUCGCGCAAAAGUGUCAAUUUGAGAUACGAGAGAUUCUGCAUCGCGGUGACAGGAGCGCGCGCGCGAGAGAGAAAGAGAGAGGGAGAGCGAUACGAUCGAUGUUCACGUGACAAUCAACAACGCGGCGUGAAGUUGUCGCAAAAGGGUGCGCGGACAACGGCCAUAUUCAAGGCGAGCCAUCGUCUCGCCCCGGGUCGAAGGAACGCAGGGAAACAGUCUCGUAGGUAUCCACCCGGACGGAGCAACGCACGGGACGCAUACGCGUGGACGAGGAGAGACGAGAACGUGAAGGAAAGGCGGACAAUCCGAGUGGUGACAUCAACGACCCCAUCGUCGAAAUGGAGUUCAAGUUCAACGUAAAUAAACUCUUGCCCAGAAAGAUCAACAAGGUCACGCAUAACUUGGUGCCGGAAGAUUUCAAAGGUGAUCGACGUGAGUUGAACGAAUGUCAAAGACUUUUAAGCAGAAUAUUGGAUGAUAUGGGUGAGGCAUCGGCAAGAGCUCAAGGACUCAAUAAGCCCAUCACCAGCGCCCUUAAACUUCGGGACACAGAUCAUACGAUUUAUCUGCUCGUAGAUAAUGAAGCAAACAAUGGACUCGGAAGUGUGGUGGGCUUAUUGAAGACUGGAUCGAAGAACCUCUUUCUAUUCGACGAGAUGGGAGAGCAUUAUCAACUGCAGGCGAGAUGCAUCUUAGACUUUUAUGUACACGAAUCACGGCAACGUAUGGGCUUGGGAAAUAUUCUCUAUCAGCACAUGUUAUCUGAGGAGAACAUUAGGCCGGUGAAAUUGGCCAUUGAUCGACCUUCGGAAAAAUUCUUAGCUUUCCUACGUAAAUACUAUGGACUUUCGAAGAUCAUUCCACAGAACAAUAAAUUCGUCGUUUUUGAAGGAUUCUUCAAUGAUGAGAGCCGAGAUGUGAGGAGUAACAGAUACAGUUUGCCUCCCAGAACGAGCUUGGAUGACGGAACGCUGAGCAAUAAUAACAAUAACGGGAAAAACGGUGCUAGUCUCAACGGAGUCCCGUAUGUAACGUCCGUUUCGCGUAGCGCAUUCGGUAGAUACGCCGCGGCGCGACCGCCCUGUUCCAUGGCAAAUAUAAUCCAUAACACUGCGAUGCUUGGUCAAUCAACCGAGCGUACCGGUAGCGAUAGCGGUAACACGUCGCCGCCUCCACCGUUGAAGCUGGAACGACCGCGUUCUUUGAGCAUCUACUCCGAGGAGGAACAGAAGCAACGUAGUCUCGAGAUGAACACCGUCCCGACGCCUAUCGUGCCAGAUAAUCAAGCGAAGCCUUUCGUUCCUAUUCUAUUGGAAGCCGAGAAAACGGAGAAGAAUGUAAAGCCAUCGCCGUCGUGCGGUCAGGAAGUCGCCACCGGUACCAAUCAACACGGACAUCUGGAUCUCAAGUUUUAUCACUCACCUUUAUGGUGAAGCGAUCUAACCGAUAUCUAAUUAUCUUUCUCGCUUUCCCGUUUUUUGGAAGAAAAACUCGUAAUGGUUUACAAAUCGGAUUGGCUCGACUUAAGUCAGCAUCCUAAUUUCAAAUAACUGGAGAGAUUUUGCUCCUUUUGUAUCCAUAUACUUUAAACAGGAUUACAAUCUAGUCAGGGAGAAAGAAUUAUAAUCGCUCACUCAGGAUUAAGACAUUGCAGUCCGCAAAUUUACAAAUUUCAAGUCUUUCUAUUUUUUUAUGUUUCUGAACUACUAGCGAAAUUUUUCAUCUCUUUAAUUCUUUCUGGAAUAAAAUACAACGAUAUAAGGGUGGAACAUUUCUGAUAUAAAAAUGAAAAAA